AUGUCCCACGUCGGCGACUGCUUCAAACUGCCCCCAUAUUCUUCUCGAAGUUUAUACCGAUAUCACCCGUACCCACGGGUUCAACGGCGACUAGACGAGAUCAACUCUAUCCCAACUACCCGCAAUGACGACAAUAAUGAAAGCCCCGCCAUUACGCUGUCACCGAUAUUGGGUUUGUAUCCUGUAGACAUUGUUGGAGCCGACGUCAAUGACGACGUGUCGACUUUAAUGCUUGACGAUCACGGAGCCGGCGACGAUGAGCCGCGAGAUGAAGGGCGGAGAGAACGCCCUACAUAUAUUACAACAUGGGUCGCUAAUGCCGUGGCGACCGUAUGGCGCAAGUGCCAGGCUCUAUGCACGCCCAGGCUAUGGCCGCGUACGGCAGUACUGCGACGCGAAUGA